AUGAAUCCUGGGUCUGGGUCGGCGGGCGCCUGGUGCAAUCCCCCGCCUCCGGGCACCGACGAGGACCUGUCCAAUAGCUCGCUCAAAGAGAGCCCCACGCGGGCCAUAGACCGCAUCGACCCGUUCCUAAAGAGCGCCGAGUACAUAAAAUACGAGCGGCGGCGGCGGUCCCGCUCCCGCUCGCGGCACCGCCGCCACCGCUCGCGCUCGCGCUCACGCACCCGCCACAAGCACCGCCGCCGCUCUCGCAGCCGCUCGCGUCGCCGCCACAAGCGCCGCUCAAGGUCGCGACGCCGCUCCCGCAGGCGGCGCACGCCCACACCCCCCAAACUGCAGCCCCCCGAGCCGCAGGCGGAGCCCGAGGACGAUGACCAAGACGACGACGACGAGGAGGAGGAGGAGCCCUCCAAUGAGAACAUGUUCAAGAAUGAUGGGACCUUCAUGGAGAUGUUUAAGCGGAUGCAAGAGGAGCAGAAGAAGCAGCAGGAGGCGGCGGCGGCCGAGCCCAAGGCCCCCAUGCCCAUGUUUGGCAAAAGGCGCGGGGGCAAAGUCCUCAAAACGGGAAUGGUGCAGAAAACCAAAACUAUGACUCAGGAAGAGAGCGACGCGCAAGACGCGUGGACGUUGUACAUGAAGGAGGUUAAGCGAUACAAAGAGGCGUGUUGUGAUGAUGAUUCCAAGACGAGGCUGCUCGUUAAAUAG